AAAUGUAUGGCAUACUAUUUGAAGUUUGCUUCUGAGGAAAAUCUUGUAGAUACAUUAUGAAAAUAUGGUCUGCCAGCUUCUCCCCUAUUACUGUUGACAAAUGUAUAGAAUGAGAUAAAGGCAGAAACUACCAGGGAAUACUCAGCAGUCCGGCACUGACUGUGGAUUUCAGAUCUCCAGGAUUUUGUUAAGGUUUGUGCGCUCCCAUCUUACAUUAAAGGAACAUGGCAGAAACAGCACAGAUCUCCACUGAAGAGUUGGAAGAACUGCAGGCAGCAUUUUCAAAAAUUGACACUGAUAACUCCGGAUACAUUGAUAACAAUGAACUCCACAACCUCUUUCAACAAGCCAACCUACAAUUACCAGGCUACAAAAUUCGUGAAAUAAAAGAAGAGCUCACGGCUGCUGGAGGUCAGAAGGAUCAGAUUAGUUUUGAAGACUUUGUUGGACUUUUCCAUGGUCUGAAGAGCAGUGAUGUUGCAAAGACAUUCAGAAAGCAACUCCUGAAAAAGGAGGGAAUCUGUGCUGUUCAUGGAACUGAAAAGUCCAGUGAAGGAACUCAGCAUUCCUACUCAGAGGAAGAAAGGUAUGCCUUUGUUAAUUGGAUCAACACCGCUUUGGAGAAGGAUCCAGACUGUCAGCAACUGAUUCCAAUGGAUGCCAACAGUGACACUGAUCUCUUUGCUGCUGUUGGAAAUGGCAUUAUCCUUUGUAAAAUGAUCAAUCUAUCGGUACCUGACACCAUCGAUGAGAGGACGAUUAACAAAAAGAAGCUCACCCCAUUCACUAUACAGGAGAAUUUGAAUCUGGCUUUGAAUUCUGCCUCAGCAAUUGGGUGCCAUGUAGUUAACAUUGGUGCUGAGGAUCUCAAAGAGGGGAAGCCUCACCUUGUGUUGGGCCUGUUGUGGCAGGUGAUCAAAAUUGGUCUGUUUGCAGAUAUCGAACUGAGCAGAAAUGAAGCACUAAUUGCCCUGCUCCAAGAGGGUGAGGAUCUGGAGGACCUGAUGAAGCUGUCCCCUGAGGAGCUGCUGUUACGUUGGGCAAACUACCACCUGGAAGGUGCUGGCUGCAAAAAAGUGAACAACUUCAGCAGUGAUGUCAAGGAUUCAAAGGCUUACUUCCAUCUUCUCAAUCAAAUUGCACCAAAAGGUGAUGAAGAGGGCCAGGCUCCAAUUCCAGUCGAUAUGUCCGGUAUUAAUGAGAGUGACGAUCUGAAGCGAGCAGAGUGCAUGCUUCAGCAAGCUGACAGGCUUGGCUGCAGACAGUUUGUCACCGCAACAGACGUGGUCCGAGGAAACCCCAAGCUCAACUUGGCAUUUGUCGCCAACUUGUUCAACAAGUAUCCAGCUCUUCAGAAACCCGAGAACCAAGACAUAGACUGGAGUCUCCUUGAGGGUGAAACGAGAGAGGAAAGGACUUUCAGAAACUGGAUGAACUCACUUGGUGUGACUCCUCGCGUGAACCAUUUGUACAGUGACCUGGAAGAUGCCUUGGUAAUUCUGCAGCUCUACGAAAAGAUCAAAGUUCCAGUGGACUGGAGUCGGGUGAACAAGCCACCUUAUCCUAAGCUGGGAGCCAACAUGAAGAAGCUGGAAAACUGUAACUAUGCGGUUGAACUGGGAAAGAAUAAAGCAAAGUUUUCACUCGUUGGGAUUGCAGGACAGGAUCUGAAUGAAGGCAAACACAUGCCAACUUUAGCCUUGCUAUGGCAGUUAAUGAGGAGAUACACAUUAAACAUGCUGGAAGACAUUGGUGAUGGAGAGAAGGUCAAUGAUGAUAUCAUUGUAAACUGGGUGAAUCAGACUUUAUCCGAGUCAGGAAAAAGUUCCUCCAUUUCAAGCUUUAAGGACAAAGAAAUUAGCUCAAGUAUACCAGUAUUGGAUCUGAUUGAUGCCAUUCAGCAAGGAUCAAUCCGAUAUGACCUGGUAAAGACUGGAGACCUGACUGAUGAAGAAAAACUUGAAAAUGCCAAGUAUGCUAUAUCAAUGGCAAGGAAAAUUGGAACUCGAGUCUACGCCCUUCCAGAGGAUCUUGUCGAAGUGAAACCGAAAAUGGUUAUGACCGUUUUUGCAUGUCUGAUGGGGAAAGGAAUGAAGAAAGUCUGAAGGAUCUGAGCCAAGUUAAAUUGAUUUGUUUUCUUCUCCAUAGCCUGGGUGCAACUUUCAAAUGUAGGACAUUUGCUUAGAUAUGCUCCUUUUUUUUUUUGUUUUUUUUCUUUUACCACAACCAUUUUAACUGGCUUUGCUACUGCUGAAAUAAUUGUAUUAGAUCGAAGUACCACAUUCCCCCAGUUGUCAUAAAACACAAAAAAAACUUUAAUCUCCCUGCACUAACCCAGAGAGGUUCUGUAGCUCAACAUGCAUUCUAACGUUUAGAGUGUGCAAUCAGCAUACUUACCUACUCCCCAAACAAUUUACCGAUAUCAGCAAAUAUGAUUUGAGUUGUGUCGAAGAAAGUGUGUUCAGAGGCAUAUUUUGUCAGUACUUGUUCUACUUGACCAUGGAGAACUCCUAUGCAGUAGCGAAAGAGGUUUCUGAAGAUAUUAUGCCCUUCUGGUAAACUCGUCCAGGAUUUUUCUGGAACACUGCAUUUCGAUGCACCGGUAAUCGGACUUGUUUGUGCACGUUUACAAUUAAAAUGUGUCACCUACACAAUUUCUGGAAGUGUGUGCCAAUUAGACGAAUUGAGGGCAGCGAGCCUUCUGGAACCUUGGGUGAACAACAAGCCAAAGUAGCAAUCUCCUUAACCACAAUGACUAAAGUAUUGGGAAAUUUGCAGUGCAGGACUGAGAGAUGAGAAAAGUCAAUAUCCCAUCCGCUACAGAAAGAGGGAAAGAAAUGUUUUUAAAAAGUAAGGAAAAGGGUAUUGGAUUGCGGGAUUGCGAAAAAGACUAAGCAAACUGUGAGAAUACAACAAUAAUCAAAAUCUGAUGUUUCAAUAUCUGCUAGAACACUUACAAAGAGGAAGGAAUGCGAUUCUGUAUUGUCACUAGUUCAAUUUCUGGAAUGGCUACCAAUAACAGUUAUCACAUUAAAAUGAUCAUUAUAUUAUUAAUGACCAGGCUUGGCUGUCUGACAAGUUUAGUGGACAUUUUAUUGUCCAAAUGCACCAACUCUAUAGACAUCCACAGAGAUUAUGUGCAUUAUGCAUUCUUGUGAACCAGCUGUAGAGCAACACAAGUUAGCUAAAAACUAAUGGCGAUUUGUAAUUGAUGGAAAUCCUUUCCCUUCCUGCAAGUUUUGUGGAUACUUUGCAGAUUAAUAAACCAGAUGCGCCAUUCAGGUAGCCAUCUUUUCUUGCAGAAAAAUCUGGCUGUUAACUUUUGUCAACAUUUGCUAUUUUGUUGAUUGUAGGAAGCCAGCAUUUUCUGGUACAGCUGCAUUGAGACCUCAGAUUACAGCUAGCCUGCUCUUAGACUUAGCAUCUCAAAUGUGUUUCUCCAUAAAUCGAAGGAGGUUUGAAUAGUCGUUUGUGUAACCCCCAUACCUUAUCCCAGAAACUAUGAUUAACCAUGAGGAAUGGACAAUUAGCCAUUCCUGCAACAAACCUUUUGGUCUGUUUAUUUUACAUGGGUUAAUACUGCUAUGACAGUACAAUUUUGUGCAAAUGUUUAUCCAGUUAAUCUGUCAAUAGCGCACCCUGGGAUAUAUCCUCCAAAUAACUACUGGAAAUUAGUCCCACUUGUGUUGUAAAGGAUGUCUCUUUGGUCAUACCUUCCCUGAAUUUGUGAAACAGUUUAUCAAUACUCAAUAUAAACUAACCAAAAAGGCCCUCAAUAUUGUGCCUCAUGUACCACACAUCUGUAGUGCUAGAGAAUCAAAAUUACUUCAGUUUCAUAACUUACUAACUUUUCUACCCAAAGAGUUUGUUUUUUAUAUUUUGGUUUUGUAAAAUUCCUGGGAAAUGCUAGCUUUAAGCAUAAGAUGCUGUUUAUUUAAGAUACUUGCAAGCCAGAAAUUCAUGCCAUCAUAUAAAUAUGCAGAUGAAAUAAAAAUAAAUAAAAUGGUUUGACAUCUUGCAAGUAAA